AACAAAAAGAACAUGUUCACAAUUUAAAUAGAAGAUGGGCGCUAAGCGCCCUAAAAGCCUAGUAACACUUUAAUCCUGCACUUCCUCAUGUAAAAUAUGGACAAUUUUGUUUGUUCAUUAGUGUUUGUUCAAUGUUUUGUAUACUGUAUCUGCUGACAUUAUUUAAUAAGGAAGGUCGUCGUAUUAUCUCUGUGUUAGAUUAAUCUCCUUGUAUAAUUGUUAAAGUUCUGGCUGCCGGCCAGCUUAAUUCAUAUUUUCACUGUAAAACUCGAGGUGUAAACUAUCUAGACAAUAAAGAGAAAAGAAUAAAAUAUAUUGAGUUUAGUGAACUUUGAAAUAUAUUAAUAGUUCUUUUUAACAGAUUAAUUGAAUUUAAAAGAGGGCUUCCCCGAUAUGUCCCUGUUAAAGUUCCAAUGUGAUACCUACACAAAAUUUAAAAUGUUUUUUACAAUUUUCUUCAUCUUCAUAUUGACAGGCUUGGCAGUGGGAGAGGAAGCAUUGAGAAAUGGUGCUAACGACAUAAUUGUUGUUCACAGGAGUGAUGGUGGGUUUGUGUCUACUAGAUGGGAUGUUAAAUUUGGAAAGCUUCAUUCUCUACUUAUUUCUAGAAUGGAAAUACAGGAUUCGGGAUACGCAGCAUUUAAAGGUUCUAGUGACAAAUAUAUGACCAGCCACCAUCUAGAGGAACUGAACUUAAAACCUGGAUUAAAUAAAGGAAAGUUUGUUGCUCCUCAACUUGGUGUUGUAAUUCCUUUCAAUGUGUUCUUAUAUGAGGAAAAUGAUAAAAUCGUGUUCACAGACAUAGAUGGAACCAUUACACAGAGUGAUAUUAAAGGACAUGUAAUGCCUCAUUUUGGACUGACUGCUGAGCAUCCAGCAGUAGUUGAACUGUUUUCAAGAAUAAAGGAACAAGGAUACCAUGUCAUAUACCUCACAUCUAGAUCAAUUAGUCAAGAUGCUGAGACUAAAGAAUAUCUGUUUGAAAUGCUACAGAAUUUAUAUUUAUAGAUCAAUUAGUAAAGAUGCUGAGAUUAAAGAAUAUCUGUUUGAAAUGCUACAGAAUUUAUAUUUAUA